UAUUCCGGGAAGAAGUGCGACCGAGCGAGGGAGCUUUGGUGCCGAUGGGUCGUUCGAAACUAGCUUCUCGUCCUGCUCCCGAAGACGCGAAUCCUGGAAAAUCUAAAAGGAAAAAGUUAUCCUCUGGUACUGAGAAUGCACCAGGGCCUUCAGUUUCCAUUGGAGGUGAAGCUGGGAAUGAGAGGAAGCCUGGCCUUUACUGUUGUAACUACUGCGAUAAAGAUCUCUCUGGUUUGGUUCGUCUCAAAUGUGCUGUUUGUGUCGACUUUGACCUUUGUGUGGAAUGCUUUUAUGUCGGUGUUGAGCUUAACCGUCACAAGAGCAGUCACCCGUAUCGUGUUAUGGACAAUUUGUCUUUUCCGCUUGUUUCUUCUGAUUGGAAUGCGGAUGAAGAGAUACUCCUUCUCGAGGCCAUUGCUACGUACGGGUUUGGGAACUGGAAAGAAGUUGCAAACUAUGUUGGCAGUAAGACACUGACCGAGUGUGUUGAUCACUUCAACUCUGCUUACAUGCAGUCACCUUGCUUUCCCCUUCCGGACUUGUCUCACACAAAUGGAAAGAGCAAAGAUGAGCUUCUUGCUAUGAGUAAAGAUCAUGCCGUGAAAAAAGAAACACCUCCACUCGUGAACCUAUCUCCGAAAGAAGAGCUGCCAAUGUCAGUUGAAAUCAACGAAGAAGCUUCAGGGAAGGAAGAUUCAGUAGAUCAACCUUUGCCUAUCUUAGCUGGAGUCAAGAAGAAAGCUAAUGCACCACAGACUCAGGACACCAUCAAGUUGGAAGCUGCUAAACAACUAUCUGAGAGGAGUGUGGGGGAGAAGAAACCGAGGCUUCCUGGAAAGAAAGUUCCAUUUGUAACGGAGCUAUAUGCCUACAACUUAAAGCGGCAAGAAUUUGAGAUCGAACAUGACAACGAUGCUGAGCAGCUACUCUCAGACAUGGAGUUUAAGGAUUGUGACACGGAUGCUGAGCGUGAGCAGAAGUUGCAGGUUCUUCAUAUUUACUCGAAAAGGCUUGAUGAGAGGAAGCGGAGGAAGGAGUUCGUUCUGGAAAGGAACUUACUGUACCCUGAUCAGUUUGAACUGAGCCUUUCGGCAGAGGAGAGACAAAUAUACAACAAGUGCAAGGUCUUUGCGCGGUUCCACUCCAAAGAAGAGCACAAGGAACUGAUUCAGAAGGUCAUUGAGGAGCACCGGAUUCUCAAAAGAAUCCAGGAUCUUCAGGAAGCAAGAGCUGCUGGUUGUACGACAACUACAGAAGCAAAUAGAUUUAUAGAAGAGAAGAGAAAGAAGGAAGCUGAAGAAAAUUUGGUGAGACUAAACCAUGGUGGACCAGGCAGUGUAGCCGGUAAAGGACUAAAGAGUCCCAGAGGUUUACAAAGAAACUUACAGCCCUUUGGUUCUGAGUCGCUGUCAAAGGCCACGCUUCCAAUAAUAUGUAGCUCGCUGGACAAUUGGGAUGUCAGUGGUCUCCUUGGGGCUGACUUACUCUCUGAGACCGAAAAGGAGAUGUGCAACGAGAUGAGAAUACUCCCUGCACACUAUUUCAAAAUGCUGGAAACCUUAGCAAGCGAGAUAAAGAAAGGGACGGUAAAGAAAAAGUCUGAUGCUUAUAACUUCUUCAGGGUAGAGCCGAGUAAAGUAGACAGAGUGUAUGAUUUACUGAUUCAGAAAGGAAUAGGCGAGUCAUCAUGAUGACUCAUGAGCCCUAUGGUUGUGUGCCUCAUUGGUUCAUAAUCCUAACAUGUAAUUCUCAAACAAUGUAUUAGCUAUGUACAUAUAUAGGAAGUGUGUAUACAAGA